GUCUGCCUUCACACGGCAUAGGAGCCCUAUGUGGUUGUAGUAGUAAGGUCCUAUGAUUGGUCCACUACUUGUUGAAGCUGUGACCCGAAAGCUGAAGCAGAUGGGUGUGGAUGAUGCUCAAGAAGUGCGUGCCACGGUGGGCCGCACCACUCGCUCCUCAAGCCGGACAGAGCCAGACCACCAGGUGGCCAAGCCCCGUGGCAAGGGCCGCAAGAGAAGUCGCAGGAACAGGGUGAUCGAGAGCGAUGAUGAGGAGAUGGCCGCCCCAGCUGAGUCACUGCAGUCUCCGGACGACCAGAGGCAGCAGUCGCCUCCGCCAUCGGCGCCGGCGCCGCCCCGCACGCCCACGCCGCCGCCGCCGCCCGCCAAGACGUUCGACAUGGAGGCCGACAUCUCCAUGCUGGAGCCGGCCACGUUCACCACCAUCGACCGAGGACCGCCGGAGCCGAUGCGGAGACUGAGCUGGCACCACAAGGUGAAUCUGAUGGCAGAGAAGGUGCUCAAUCCGCUGAUAUACAUGUGUGAGAAGUGUGACUGCCCGGUGCUUUCUUAUGGACGCAUGAUCCCCUGCAAGCACGUGCUGUGCUACGACUGCGCCAAGGUACAGGACAAGUGCUGGCGGUGCGGCGACCGAGCGGUGCGCGUGGAACGGGCCGACCUGGGCAAGCUCUACAUGUGCCUGCACGACGGCAAACGCUACGACAACAACGGCUGCCGACGCACUUACCUCAGCCAGCGCGACCUGCAGGCGCAUAUCAACCACCGCCACCGCCGCACUGCGCCGGUUGCGUCAGCCCCGCCGCCACCGCCGCCGCCUCCGCCUCCGCCGCCACCUCCGCCGGCUGUGGUGCCCCGUCGUGCCACCGACGAUAAGCCUACCGACCGACGCGACCCGCGCGCUUCCUCCUUCCCCUCCCCGACCGCUGCUCACGGCUUCCACGGCGUAGGCUCGCACGGGUCAGGCGCGCACGGGUCAGGUUCACAUGGGUCAGGCUCACAUGGGUCAGGCUCACAUGGUUCAGGCUCACAUGGUCCUGGCUCACAUAGUUCAGGCUCACAUGGUUCAGGCUCACAUGGCCCAGGCUCGCAUGGUGCGAGCUCGCAUGGCCUUGGCUCACAUGGGUCAGGCCCGCAUGGACCGGGCUCACAUGGCCCAGGCUCACAUGGCCCAGGCUCACAUGGCCCAGGCUCGCAUGGCCCAGGCUCACAUGUGGCUGGGUCACACGGGUCCAGCUGCCACGUGUCGAGCCCGCACGGCGCGGGAUCUCACGGCGUCAGUUCGCACGGCUCGCACGGCGGCCACCACCCGCAGCGGUUCAGCCCGCCCAAGUCGGCGCCGCCGCCCAUGAAGCAGCAGCAGAUUCCCGUCAUGACCACGCAGCGCAGCGGCAACCUGAUCACGAUCCCGAUCCAAGGCCAGGAGCCGGCGCAGGAGUCACCGCCGCAGCCGCCGCCGCCUCCGCCGCAGUACGCCGCCUAUCAGCAGCAGUACGCUCCGGCCGGCUACGGCCAGCCGGAGCCGGCCGGCGCCUAC